AUGAGAAGCGUGGGUAAAGAUAAAAAAGGAAAGAUGCAACAGCAUUUCUCUUCCGAAUCCCACAAAAUUGCUUUGAGUGAUUUGGCACACUUUGCAUGCAAUAUGAAAAACGUCGAUGUAAUGUUGGAAAAGAAGUUAAGAGAAGUAAGAAUACAAGAAGAAGAAAACAAUUUGCGAAACCAAGAAGCUAUAAAGAUCCUUUUAGACAUCGCAAGAACAUUGGCACGACAACAGCUAGCUUUCAGAGGGCAUAAUGAAAAGCACGAGGGAAACUUUAUCCAAAUAUCAAAUCUUGUUGCCAGGCAUAACCCUAGACUUCAGUCAUGGCUGUCAGACAAGAACAUGAAACCUUAUUCAGUAAAAUACCUAUCACCUAUUUCACAAAAUGAGUUUAUUAGCCUUUUGACUGAAGACGUAAGGAAUCGCAUCGUAAAAGAUAUCGUUUCAUCUGAAAUAUACUCAGUCAUGGCCGACACGUCUCCUGACACUUCAAAUGCGGACCGCCUCGUAGUGGCAGUGCGCUACGUUGACGAAAACAACGUGCCCAACGAGAGAAUACUGGAGAUGAAAGAAACAAGGAAUAAAACAGGUGAAGGCCAAGCAAAAGAGAUUCUUGAUUCCCUUAAAUCACGAUUACCUAUUUGUCACAAUGGGUUAGUGUAUCAGUCUUACGACUACACAGCUUCAAUGUCUGGGACUUUUAAUGGAGUUCAACAACAUUUGCAGGAAAUGGUUGGACGCAACAUUCCAUACAUCCCAUGUCAAGGCCAUAGAUCAAACACUUUCAAUGAGCAUUGCUCAAAGGCCUCUAAAUUUGUUGAGAUGUAUAGCUUGCUCGAAGAGCUACGAGAAGGGUGUAUAGAAGUGAAUCAAUUGAAGCGGUAUGGAGAUCUUUUGAAGCCAUACGAAAUGCCUUAG